CAGCGUAUUCGUUUGCUCCAUUUUGUUGUUUACGUGUGAGGUCUUUCUUUGUUGCAGGUAGUAGGGGUUCAAUAUAUGAACCCCAGUCCUCGUGUGCCCCAGCCUUACGGAGUCCGCGGCUCGCCGUGUGCGUCCAAGUAAGUGAGGGAAACGUUGCCUAUCAGAUUAUAACCGUUUCUCGACGAGAGGACAGCACAUGCCCCCGCGCAAAAAUACGGCACGCCGUGGUCGGCCGUGGGCAAAGUUCGGAGAUAGCGGCGAUCGGACGGCGCAGGACGAAGCCUCCGACGGGGCAGCGGUCGCAGCAUCCACCGACGACAGCAUGACGAAACCCGGAGGCCCAGCGAAGAAGUCGGCCACACCGGCGCGCAAGGUGCCGGCAGCGCCCAAGCCUCGGCCCGCCGCCACCACCGCCGCCAUUGAACAACCGGCCGCCAAGAAGCGCGCCGUCGCCGCCAAGCCGGCGGCUGAAAAAGCGGUGCGAACGGUGAGCGAAGCCUCCGAGGACGACGGUGCCUUCGAGGCGCUCGUUCUCGAUGCGGACGACGACGAAGAGGUCCCCGCUGGAGACGAGGAGGCCGUCGCCGAAUCCGCCGGUAACGAGGAAGGCGCCGCGGUUGGUCCAGAAGAAAACGGCGAAGGGGAUGACGCGGGGGCAACUGAAGCCGACGAUGCACCGGAUGAGGUCGCCGAUGAAGGAAACGGUGAAUUCGCAGGCGAUCCCGAAGAAGGUGCCGAAGGUUGGGAAGGGGAGGCCGAGGAAGGAGACCCCAACGAAGAAGGCGCAGCAGCCGAGUACGAAGAAGGCGCCGAGGCGGACCACGCGGAAGAGGACGAAGCGGUUGACGUCAAGGCAGAAGAUGGGUUGGAAGAUGACGCCGCGAAGGACGACGCUCUCUGCGAAGAUGCCGCGGACGGUGCUCCAGAAGCGAGCGCCGAAGGCAACGAAGCAGUGGAGCCUCAAGCAAAUGGCGUUAAAGCCGAGGAGGGCGGAGGAGAUGACGCGGCGGCCGCCGCCGAGGGCGAAGGCGAGACGAUCGUUCGCGACCUCGCGCCUUCCGAUCGCGACUUCGUCAUAGCCGAGGACGAAGAAGUCAAGGAGGAGCCGACGACCGAGGUGAGCCGUCUGUGGGACCUGUGCCCCGACGUGGAGCUUGAGCAUGCCGAGACCAUCACGACGUCGCUGCACGAGAGCAUUCAACGCGCGGUGCGCCAGUUCAUCGAGAGACUGCUGCGGGACGCCAAGGAGACGGGCACGCUUCCCGAGGAGGCGAUAGCUCAGGAUGACAAGCCAAUGUUUGGCUGCAGUCUCUGCAACAUCAAGAUGCACCAGCCGGAGUUGUUCGACUGCCAUGUGGAAACCCAACGCCACGUCAAGCGCCUCCGCUGGAUGUACUUCAUGGGCAUGAACAAGGAGCUAGGCAACUACCACUGCCGGGUGUGCCACAUCUCGGUGCCGUGCAAGGACCACUUGGUGGGCCACCUGCGCAGCGACCGCCACCUGUGCCUCAGCAAGUCCCUGAACGUGCAUCCCAAGUAUUCCGAACACGUGCUGUCGCAGUUCUACCCUGAGGACAAGGUGAAAAGCUUGCUCCAGCCGCAGCCGCAGCAGCAGCAGCCAUCUGCAACCGCAAGUCAGCCGUCGGCCACCGGUAAAGGGAAGGAGCAGAAAGGUGCAGAUAAGCGUCCUGACAAAGGCAAGGCAAAUGCAGGCAGCAGUGGACAGCAGGCCAAGAGGGAGCAGUCACCGCCGGCCUCGACUAACCAGGGCUUCAUAUUCCACUGCGAGCUGUGCCAAGUGAUCGCAUACCACGAAGACCAGAUUCAGGAGCACUACAAUGGCAAGAAGCACCGAGCCAAGAUGGCCGAGGAGCUGGAGAAGUUGUCAAAGCAGAAGCCAGAUGGCUCGAAAAAGGGGUCCGCAAAAGGAGAUGGUGCCCAGGGGGCUAAGACAGGCUCCAAGGAUGCUCCCAAGGGUGCUGGCAAGGGCCCGGCUCCCAAAAAGGGACCAGUCAACAAGCCGCAGCCGCAACAGUUUAAGCCUAAAGGACCCAAGUUUGGCUCUGGCGCAGCACCAACGUACACGUGCUACGUGUGCAAUGUGGUGCUGCACUCUACACGUGAAUACAGCCAGCACUUCACUACCAGGGAACAUCGCCUGGCUGCUGGUAUCCAGGCAUCGGCUCCACCGCUCGGCCACAAGCGGCCACGCUCUCCGUCUCCAUUUUCACGGGCACCUGCGUGGUCCUCGCCGCCCCGCAUGCGGUCUCCUCCGCGGGACCUCUGGUCGGGAGGACCGCCUCCCCGCAAACGUUCCCCCGAGCCUUUCCUCGACCCGAUAGGUCGGGACCUCUUCGCUCCUUCGUCCGGACCAAGCGGUGCCUUCGAGCCUGGCCUCCGUGGACCUCAGCCCGGCAUGCUUGAGGACUAUGCAGAACGUCGUGGUCCCGGGAAUGGCUCUGGCGGAAUGCCCGAUCCGACAUCGGUGGCUGCCACCUUGGAGACCAUGAUCCAGCUGCAGCAGCGGCUCCUCAACAUUACGGGGCCGCAGCAGGGCGGAGGAGGUAUGAUGGGAGGCUCGUCUGGCUCGGGCGGCUACCGUGACGAAGAAUUUGGCAACAUUGCACGGAGCCUCCAGGACAUGGACCUGCAGAAGAGCCUGCAGCAGCUGAGACAGAGCCAGCGCUACAGUGUUGGUCCGUCCCCUCCACCAUACGGGAGUGGCAGCACACCAACGAGCUCUUCUCGAGGCCUCCAGUCGGGACCCUACAUGGACAGCUCACCACCACCUUUCCGCGAGGCCGGUUCCAGCUUUCAGGGAGGCAUAGGCGACGGCUUUGGUGGCAAGCGGGCCUCAUACGGAGGCGCUGAUUCCUACUCACCCAUUGGAGAUGAUAUGAAGGGCUCUUACGGCAUGGGUGGUGGCAGUUCCUACAGAGGCGGCGGCCCGGGUGGCAGUGGUGGUCUGGGAAUCAAUGAGUACCGCAAGAGCAGCCUCGGACCCACAGCACCAAGGCCGUCGGACUUCGGCCGCCCGUCGAUGGGCCACAUGCGCGGGAGCGGUGCCGGCAGCAAGCACUACUGAGCAACGCUGUUGCCUGUACCAUUGUUUCCAGUAUACGCACAGCGUCUCGUAUUUUCCCAUGGCUAAAAGAAAAACGCUCUUCUCUUCCAUUACCUGCUGUACAUAAUCACCCCAAUAAAGACCUUGUGUGCUGUGCACUUUAA